AGCAGCUGCCCAUCCUAAGCGAAAGACCGCUCCCCGGCGGCGGUUUCCUGACGGUCCGCAUCCUUUGCCAUUCUCUGUCCCUGGCACGUGUAGUUGAACUCAUCGUUGGAAUAUCUUUUCAUAGUUCCAUCCAGGAAGAAGCUCUGGGAUUGUGGACUAUAAAUUUGCUCAAACAAAUCGGACUCUUCUCAAGGAGUAGCUAGACGUGAGGAUUAGAAUGGAAGCGCCGUCACCAGUGGAAGGCCAGGGCCAGCUCCCAAGCCCCCAUCAGGGCUCUCUGAGGAAGGCGGUGGCUGCUGCCCUGGCCCUGGAUGGGGAAUCCACAAUGGGUCGCAGGAAAAAGAGGAAGAAGGAGUCCCGUCCAGAAUCGGUCAUCAUUUACCGGUCAGAGAAUGAGAAAAUGGAUGAGGAGACUGGGGAAUCAGAAGGUGGAGAGCAGCCUAAAGAGGAGGAAGGGGACGAUUUCCUAGACUAUCCUGCUGAUGAUGGUAUGUGGAACAUGCCUUUGGACAGCCGCUAUGUCACAUUAACUGGGACCAUCACGCGAGGGAAGAAAAAGGGUCAGAUGGUGGACAUCCACGUCACACUGACGGAGAAGGAACUUCAGGAGUUGACCAAGCCUAAAGAGUCGCUGAAGGAAACUACAUCUGAAGGCAGGAAGGCCUGCCAGAUGGCGGCUGACCGGGGGCCCCAUGUGGUCCUCUGGACACUCAUCUGCCUGCCUGUGGUUUUUCUCCUAUCUUUCAUUGUCUCCUUUUACUAUGGCACUAUCACCUGGUACAACAUUUUCCUCGUGUACAAUGAGGAAAGGACCUUCUGGCACAAGAUCUCAUGUUGCCCCUGCCUCAUUCUCUUCUAUCCAGUGCUCAUCAUGACCAUGGCCUCUUCCCUGGGCCUCUAUGCUGCUGUGGUCCAGCUCUCGUGGUCCUGGGGCGCAUGGUGGCAAGCUGCCCGGGACAUGGAGAAAGGCUUCUGUGGCUGGCUCUGCAGCAAGCUGGGUCUGGAGGACUGCUCCCCCUAUAGCAUCGUGGAGUUGCUUGAAUCUGACAAUAUUUCAGGCAAUCUCUCCAACAAGGACCCCACCCAGGAAGUAGAAACUUCUACUGUCUAAACUCCCAGCACCUUACUUCCUGGUCCUAAUAGCCUGUAUCUCCUCCAAUUUCAGAAGAUUCUUUCUUGAAAUUAUCCCCCCCCCACACACAGUUCUAGAAAAUCCUAGCCCACACUGAUCUGCCCUGCCAUCUUAAUGAUUCCAGGAGGGCAGGGAACAGAAAAGCAAUUUAUGUGAAAGCAGUUCAUCCCAUGGACAAGCUCUUCAGUUCCUGCCCUCAAAUGACUGGGACUAGGGAGCUCGGUUACGUGUCAGUACAGGGGCUUGAAGAUUUUACUGGUGCCUGGAACCCAGAGGAGUAUGUGAUUAAAUGUGACAGGGAGAAUAAGGCGGCUCUGAAGAGACCAAGUCCACUGGUAGAUAGGGAUGGAGUGAAACAUUCAGGAGGCAGGGCUACCAAAGGGUAGCAGAAUGUAAAGAUUUGGGUGUAUCACUUAGAGUUUUAUUUAGCUGCAUAUAAUUAACAUUCCAAAAUAGAAGUUUAUUUUUUUCUUGUAUAGAAGAAGCCUGACGGCAGACCAUCACGGGACCCGAUGGAGUCAUUAGAACCAGACUUCUUUUACUCCCCUAUCAUUAGUGAGAUGUGGUCCUCAACACUGCAGUGCUGACUACAUCUGCAGCCAUUACACCCAUGUUUCUGGCAGAAUAGAGGAAGGGGCAAAGAAGAGCACACUCUGUGGUCAAGGAGACUUCCCAGAAGGCCCACUCAAACACUCAUAUCUCAUUGGCCAGACUUUAGUCACGUGACCUUGCAAGCAAAAGAGGCUGGGAAAUGUAGUAUUUUGACUAGGCAGUUAUAUGCUAGGCUAAAUAUUGGGGUUAUAUUCAUUUAAAAGAAAAGGGAAGAAUGGCUAUUUUGGUAGGCAAGUAAGAAUCUCAGUAAUUAUUUAAAUACAUUCAGAUUCUAAACUAAUAUAGAUUUAUUUAUUUAUUUAUGCCUGAAUCUUUUUAUAUAUAGAUACUAGCUAUAUAUACUAUGUAUAUGCUAGACAUAGAUAUUAGCAACUCAUGUACCUUGCAAUUAAAUGCCUGUAGUGUCAUGUGGUUUCAGGGUUUUUUAGAAAGGAAGAGUAAACAGUUGAGUACAACUAUCUAAUAGUAGCAUAACUUUUACCCUAGUAGUGAAGGCGGGAGGGGUGGUGGUAAUUAAUCUACAGAUUAAAGACUGUGAAGGGAGGGAUUGCAUUUGCCAAACUAUCCACCCCCACCCCCAACAGGGGUUGGUAGCCCUAAGCUUGAAGAAGACAGAGUUAGCUCUCUGUUGUUUGGCAGAGCCUCAUUUGCUCAAACCUUUCUGGAAUCUAACAACCAACAAUUUUUGGUAUGCUGAGACGCUUGUGUCUUCCUAGCCACCAGGGGUUGUAAACCAGAUGAACACAGACUAAUAGAUUCUGAACUAUCUUUUUUUUUUAAAUUCAUUCCUGAGGGAUAUUUCUAACUUUUUAAAAAGCUGAAUCCUAACAGGUCAAGCAGAAUUUGGAGGUUUGGGUCCGUAUAAGAAUAGCUGGUACUCAUUUCUUUUUCAUGUCGCAGGAAGAAGUUGUUGAAAGAAAUGCUCUCCCAUAGAAGGCCAGGGACAUUUGCCUAAUGUAUGGUGCUAAACUCCAUCUUCAGAAGAACCCCACACUUUGAAAAAAACAAUUGUUAUUAGUUUGACCAAAACAAAACUCUGCCCAGCAGUUUUGAAGAUGAUCCUGGUGCUCUCUGGUGCUUUUGCAGAGAUAUAAACAAUUGCAAUGUAAACAAAAAAAAUAAAAAUAAAGUCGAAUUAACAUUU